AUGAUUCGCGGUGUUGCUUUGACAAAUUUCGGUUUAAGCUUAACCGCCUUCCUCCUCCUUGCCGUCGUUCGCAGCCAGGAGAAGUGCAGUAAAACCUGCAUUGCACAGAACUGCAACGGUCUCAGUGUUCGCUAUGGGAAGUAUUGUGGGAUAGGUUACUUUGGAUGUCCUGGAGAGCCACCUUGUGAUGAUCUUGAUACUUGUUGUAUGAACCAUGACAAUUGUGUUACUGUAAAAGGCAUGACUUAUGUUAACUGCCACAAGCAGUUCCAGCGUUGCGUAAACGAGCUAAGAAGAUCAGUCCAACAAUCUAAUAACCAAAAGGUUGGAUUCUCCAAGCAAUGCCCUUAUUCGACAGUGAUACCAACCGUGUACAGAGGAAUGGAUUACGGCAUUUUCUUCAGUAAAAUAGGUAAUAGCAUUAAACCUGCGCCGCCAGCAAGGCCCGCGUCUGUCGUAGAGGUGGAUCUCGCUCGGAUUAAAGCGGACACAAAGGAUGGCCUUGGUACAAAUCAAGGCCUUCAAACAAAGCAAGGCUCCAAAGUCUCUGUUCCAAUGAACCCUUCCCCUUCCUGAUCAU